AUGGUUCACUGGGGUUCCUGGUGCAAGACACUAUUGGUGGAGAAAUCUGGGCAACACCGGCCCGCUGGAACAGCGAGAGGACACACAGGGGGCAAAGGUGGCAAGUUCGGAGUCUUUGCCAAGAAUCUCCCCUAUGAAACUGCAGAGCAGGAGUUGCUGUCCCUUUUUACCAGAUGUGGUGAGGUUACACGGCUGAACAUGCCAACCAACAAAAAGGGCGGCCACGGACGCUGUAUGGGCUUCGCAUGGCUGACCUUUGAAAGUGACAAGGCAAUGAAGAAGGCCUGCAAGAUGACUGGAGUUGACGCUCCUUACUUGGGCGGCCGAAGACUUUUUGUGGAGCAAGCAGGGCAGCACAAGUGA